GACGCGGGGGCGGGGCCUGAGGUGGCGAGGGCGGCGGCGGGGACCCAGACAUCUGGGACUGUUGUUCUCGUCUCACUCCCGCCUCAGUCGAUUAGCCCGGAGCUCCGGAGCUGGUCCUCUGGGAGGCGUGCGCUUGCAUCCGCCCUCUCUCCGGGUUCGCUGAGGCGGCGGCCGGAGCUAGCGCGUUGUUCUCCAAUGCCCUUCGGCGAGGACGGGGCGUCCGGACCCUGCUGAGUGCACCCGGAGCCCGGGACUCGGCGUCCCCGCCCGCCCCUCAGGCCCGCACCCCUGGGUGUCUGCCAUGGCUGAGAACCUGGAGGAUGACCUGAACUCCAACCUGCUCCACGCCCCCUGCCUCACCGGGGACCCUCAGCUCGACACGGCCGUCCAGCAGUGGCUUCGCUGGGACAAGAAUCCCAAGACAAAAGAACAGAUUGAAAAUCUGUUGCAGAAUGGGAUGAACAAGGAAUUGCGAGAUCGUCUUUGUUACCGGAUGACUUUUGGGACUGCAGGACUUCGAUCUGCCAUGGGUGCAGGGUUUUGCUAUAUUAAUGACCUUACAGUAAUACAAUCAACACAAGGGAUGUACAAAUACCUGGAGAGAUGUUUUUCAGACUUCAAGCAGAGAGGCUUUGUUGUUGGGUAUGACACUCGGGGUCAAGUAGCUAGCAGCUGCAGCAGUCAGAGGCUUGCAAAGCUCACAGCUGCAGUCUUACUUGCUAAAGAUGUUCCUGUCUACCUGUUCUCAAGAUACGUUCCUACGCCUUUUGUACCAUAUGCAGUCCAGGAGCUCAAAGCAGUUGCAGGUGUGAUGAUUACUGCAUCUCACAACCGCAAGGAAGACAAUGGGUACAAGGUUUAUUGGGAAACUGGUGCUCAGAUCACCUCUCCUCAUGAUAAAGAAAUUCUGAAGUGUAUAGAAGAGUGUGUGGAGCCCUGGAAUGGCUCCUGGAAUGAUAACUUAGUGGACACAAGCCCACUAAAGAAAGAUCCUCUGCAGGACAUUUGCAAGAGAUACAUGGAAGAUCUGAAAAAGAUCUGCUUUUACAGAGAAUUAAACUCAAAGACCACCUUGAAAUUUGUACAUACCUCCUUUCAUGGAGUUGGACAUGACUAUGUGCAGUUGGCUUUUCAAGUGUUUGGUUUUAAGCCUCCGAUUCCAGUCCCAGAACAAAAAGAUCCGGAUCCAGACUUUUCUACUGUUAAGUGUCCAAACCCCGAAGAAGGAGAAUCUGUGCUGGAACUUUCCCUGAGACUGGCAGAGAAAGAAAAGGCCCGGAUAGUGCUAGCCACAGAUCCUGAUGCAGACCGGCUGGCGGUGGCCGAGCUUCAGGAGAACGGCCACUGGAAGGUUUUCUCAGGGAAUGAGUUGGCAGCUUUGUUUGGGUGGUGGAUGUUUGAUUGCUGGAAGAAAAAUAAAUCGAAUGCUGAUGUGAAGAAUGUUUAUAUGCUAGCUACCACAGUCUCUUCUAAAAUUUUAAAGGCAAUUGCACUUAAGGAAGGAUUUCAUUUUGAAGAAACAUUACCAGGAUUUAAAUGGAUUGGAAGUAGGAUAAAAGACCUCCUUGAAAAUGGGAAAGAAGUCCUUUUUGCAUUUGAAGAGUCUAUUGGUUUUCUCUGUGGAACCUCAGUGUUGGAUAAAGAUGGGGUGAGCGCAGCUGUUGUUGUUGCUGAGAUGGCCUCUUUCCUGGAAACCAGGAAUGUCAGGCUGACAGAGCAACUGAGUAAGAUUUAUGAAAAAUAUGGUUAUCACAUGUCAAAAACUUCGUAUUUCUUGUGCUAUGACCCACCUACCAUCAAAAAUAUAUUUGAAAAGAUUCGUAAUUUUGAGUCUCCAAAAGAAUAUCCAAAAUUCUGUGGGGCAUAUGCUAUAUUGCAUGUACGGGACAUUACCACUGGAUAUGACAGCAGCCAGCCUAGUAAGAAAUCAGCACUGCCUGUGAGUAAAAACAGCCAAAUGAUUACAUUUACUUUCCAAAAUGGCUGUGUUGCUACUCUUCGUACAAGUGGGACCGAGCCAAAGAUAAAGUAUUAUGCGGAGAUGUGUGCAUCACCUGACCAGAGUGACACUGCCUUACUGCAGGAAGAAUUAAAGAAGCUCAUUGAGGCUCUGAUAGAGAAUUUUCUGGAACCCAGUAAGAACGGACUGAUCUGGCGGUCUGCGUAGGGAUACAGAAAUACCUUACAACUUGGCACAUGAAACCAAACGUCCAGGAGCUCCAUGCACUGAACCUUGUGUUAGAAUUCUCUCUCAUCUAGCAGAGUAGCUUUUCCUUUUUCUUUCUUCUGUUCAGCUGGCUAAACAAAUUAUAUACAUUUGAAAUGAAGAUGUUUAGAAGUCAACUAUUUCACAAUCCUGAAUGAAAGUCCUUACAUUUAAGUGUUUCAGUGGCACAUCAUUCUUCCUCUGACACAAACAGUUCAGAAGUGAAUUUUAUUAUUGAACUGUGGAUAAGCUUAGUUCCAUAUCUUGUAAUUGUGUAUAGCAUGUUUUUAAAAAGUCAAAUAAAUAUUAUAUGAUUAUAGGAUUAGUUGAGGAAAUUAAUUCAUAAAGGUAGGAGUGGGGGAAAGUACUCUUCUAGUCCAUUAAGGAAAUGUGGCAUUGUUAUGUCGUAAGUGUUGAUUUGCACAUUAGAAGCCCAGCUUGAUGCACAUUCCUGUAUUCAUAGCCCUCUGGAGGCUGAAGCAGGAGGAUUAUUAGUUAGUUUGAAGCCAGCCUGGGCUACAUAGUGAGACUCCCAUCUCAAAAAAAAUCUUAGAUUAUUUUGCUUUCCUAAUUAGUACAGAUGUUACAAGAUGUGGUUUUGUACCUCACUUCCAAGUUUUCUUGGUGCAGUGUUUUACUGUGUGUUUAAGAUUGAUGUUUAUGAACAUUAAGCAAUAGUGGCAGCACUUGUGGUGGCUUUGUUCCUGUUAAAUUCCUCAAUGCUUUCUCAGGGUUGGGUAUGGACUAAAACAAUGUUCCUGCAUUGGAUAGAAUUUUAUCAGUCCAUUUUCAGAUAGUUAAGGAAAAUCUUCCAAAUAUAUAGGUGCUUCCUCUAUAGAAAAUAGAUUUGUUGACUUUAAAAUCCUAUGGUUGUAGAAAAAGAUCUUAAUAUAAUCUGGUUUACUGGAGUUGAAUCUACAUCUUAGGAUUCUAUCAGUUAUUAGAACUUCACUAUGUUAAAGAAAAAAAUCUGAACUGCAGAAUGAGCUCUACAUUUAUUUGACAGUCCUGUUAAAUUACAUUUUUGUACAUGGAUUUAUUUUAUCUGAUAAAGCAAUGCUAAUUUUAUUAAGAAAUGAAACAUCAAGACUUAAGGAUUUUCUACAGCCGUACCACUUUGAUUCAAUGGCCAGGCUCAUCUGAUCUCAGCAGCUAAGCAGUGUUAAGCCUGGUCAGUGCUUGGAUGGGAAAUAUUAGUGUUGUGAAAAACUAAAACUGGUGUUUAAAACUAAGGUUCAAUUUGUUUUACUAUCUUGCUGACUUCUCUGGAAUUUCUGAUCACAUAAAUACUAUUUUUUUUUUAAUUAUGAAAAAACUUUUUAGGAAAGUCACUUUUGGUUGAUCCUCUGUUCUACUGAAAAGCCCCAGCAGAGUACUGUCUAAGAUUCUUGAGCCAGGUGUGGUGGCACACACCCUUAAUCCCAACAUUCAGGAGGCCAAGGCAGGUGGAUGAGGCUAGCCUGGUCUACAUAGCUAGUUCUAGGCCAGCUGGGGCAACAGGGAGACUUUGUCUCAAACCACACACACACACACACACACACACACACACACACACACACAAAUUGUAAAUUUAUGUUGAUGUGUAUAGUUUAUAGAAUACACAUGGUAUAGUUGGGGUAACAAUAACAAGGCCUUGGUUGUAACAAUUUAAACAAAGUUUCAUAUAGGAGACAGCACUGAUAGUAGAUAAUUAGAUAAUUUAUUUCCUAAAAGUAGUAGUAUGUAAAGUCUAAAGUGAUUCAAAUAUUAGUUAAGUCGUGGCUUGUUGCAGCUAUCAGCUAGUUUGGCUUGAGCUCAUAUAAUCCAAACGUAGUUUGCAGAUUAUGUUGUGGCUAUUGUUAAUUUGUUCCUUCCUUUCUGUCUCAUAGCUGGGUCCUAUACAACUGUGGAUCAUAGCUUGUACUGUACACUGACCUUUUCUCCAUGACUUUGCUUUAAAGGCUUCGCACUCGAGAAGCGUAGAAUUUUUUGUUUUAUUUUUAAAAUGCAUAAAGCAUUUUUUGUUUUAUUGGCUUUUAGGAAUGUAAAUUGUAAUUAGGAAAUGACAUGUAUUCUACAAAGUGAUUUGAACAAAGUUAUAUAUAUGGAAAAACAUGUGUAUUUGGUUUUAGCAUCUGUGUUCCAGUGACCCAAGAACAAAAUGAAACUAAUGUGAUGUGACAGCCCAUUCGUAAUCACUAAAGCCAUGUCAGGAUUGCCAUUUGCUUAUGAAGAAAGUACUUUUGUUUGAAUGCUUUAGCAUAUACAACAUGCUUUUAAGGUAAAAGGUGACUGACGUUUGGGUUCUUAUCUCCAAAAAAAUAAAUUGCAAAUUAAAAUUCACAAAAUGUUAUAAAGGUUUCCAAAGUAUCCAGGUUGAGGGAGCUAUUGGAUCUUACUCAAACUCUUGAAUCUGUCUCAGCAUACUUAACAUGAACUUGACACAAUGGGUACACACUUGCCUACCAGAAUAAAUUCAAUGACAGCCCAACAAACAGUGCCGUUCUGUGGGUCUCAGCCUUGGGCACUAAUUGUUUAUCUGCUUUUAUUAAAGCAGUAGCAUGGAUGUGAAUAGUUCUCGUUGAGCAAAUAAAACAGGUAUUUUCUGGAGCUUUGAGGAAAAGAAAUUAUAGGCUGGGGCUAUAGCUCAGUGGUAAAGCACUCAUGUAGCUUGUACAAGAGCUUGCGCUUAAUCCCUGGCAACGCAAAGAAAAGGAGAAUCAUUGUUAAUGGAACAAAUUCAAAGCAUAAAUUGGAAAUCAGUAGACACCAAUAAACAGUAUAAAGACCAGUAAUCACAGCACAGGACAAACCCAGCUUUAUAAUGGUGGGGGAGAAACAGUGUGCAAGGCUGCUUACUUGAGUUUAUUUGUUACGGUGAGCAGUGAACCUGUUUUCCUUCAGUAGGGAUCAGUGAAAAGAAGCCCAGUUCUAGGAAGUGAGGAAAAGCAUCCUUAGUGUGGAUUGAAUCCCUGCUAGGGUGCUACAUCAGAAUCAUAUGAGACCUAGAGAGGAGAUCAAGCACAAUUUAAAAAAUAAACUGUGGGUUGAAAAGUAAAACUUGUGAGGAAAAGUUGUAGGACUCAUGAUCAUUUAACUCUAGAACAGAGAAAGCUGUUGAGCUCAUUUACUAAGUCCUAAGUUACUAAUCAGGACCUUUUCUGAAGGACUCAAAAUAAGAAGUCCUAAUGUCAUACUGUUCUCAUCUAGAGAAGACAGAGAAUAAGGACAUGGAAGUAAUAGACAAGAUCUGUACUAAAAAAAAUUGUAAAUGGUGGUAGGAGGGGCUAGUGGAGAAGACAGCCAAGGGGGAGGUAAUGGGGCAGGUAUGCUCACAGUACAGUCUACAUAUGUGUGUAAUUCUCAGUAAACAAGGAAUGGGCAGCAUGAAAUGUUUAGGAGGUAAGAACUUCUUGGUUAGAAAUUAUCAUAAAACCUACUUGAAACUUUAUUUUUGAUGGAAUAAAAAAUUUGAAUAUCAAGGAACAUGCCAAAUGGCUAUUUAAAGUUUCCUUCAAACAGAUUUUUAAAGAAUCAAGUUGAUUUUUAAAACAAGAAUGAUGUAAAGAGCACUAACAGUAACUUUGGGGUUUCACUCCAUGUCUAGAAUUAACCCCCAGAAUGAUUUGUAUAUGUUCUGAGUGGUAGAUGCGUGGGUCAGUGAGUGAGGACUGCUCAGGUGUGUCUUUCGUCUCACCUUGAAGACUCUAAGGUUUGAACACAGUUGUGUUUACCUUGAAGAAUCUGUAGCUUUAUAAGAUAUUUGAGGUUUAACUCCAAAUAUAAAGUGUCAUCAUUUGAAUGUAGUAGUAACUCCAGAAGAGAGAUCCUGAGAGCUUGGAUACUUUGAAUAUCUGCACAUUGGAAACAGACCUCCUUUUUGUUAAGAUGCUUCUGGAACUGAUGCACCAGAGGCUAUAAGCUGGCAUCUCUUGGGGGAGCUGUUCUUUGAAUGCUGCUGUUGGUAUUUUCCCCCCAGUGUUUUCCCCUGAUGUUUAUAAAUCUUGAAAAACCUGAAUUCCACUUUGAUACACUUAAUUUUAUGCCGUUUUUGCUCUACCUCCCUCUUUCCCUAAGCAUUCUUCCACAUUUUGUUACUGUGAAAUGCUACUGCCCUGUUACCUCACUGGUAAAGAAACCUAACUGUGUUCAUUCAGAAGGCUUUAAGCUUGUUUGUUUAUAGACUGUUAUUUUGUUAUUAUUGUCAGAAUAUUUAACACUGUAAAAAGUCAUUUUUAAAUAUUUCAAAGCCUGUUUUUGAUCUGCCUGGGUACUACUAUAUGAAAUUACUGUGGCCUUUUACAGUUCACUUGUUUUCUGAGUUUGCUUUCGAAACUGACAAGGCAAUGGUGAGUCAUAUUGACCAAAGUAGUCAGUUGACUUAGCAUUUGUUGAGGGUUCUCUGUGCUUUGGGUAGUCAAAGCACAAAAAUUUGAGGAAAUCUUUUUCACAUUUGACCCUCAAAGCAUUUUUCCAUAAGCCAGAAGAAGUCUGAAUAGAGAAUGGGGUGUGAUAGUUCAUAUGUGUGAUCCCAGCGAGAGGCUGAGGCAGGAGAAUUGCUGUGAGCUCAAGGCCAGCUUAGGUUACAUAGUAAGAUCUAGGCUAGCCUGAGCUAUUGUGUAAGACCUUGUCUCAAAACACCAAUCAAACAAAAAAAGAACCCAAAAAAAUCUAAAGUAAGAGAGUGGCACAUUGACUUCACAAAGCACUAGCUGAGUUCCAGUUAGAAACAAAAUCAGUGAUUAUUAUUUUUAAAUAUUCACCAUAUUAGUACAUCCAACAGGUCAUCUUUCCUCUUUGUUAAUUCAAGAUGAUCUACUUUAAACAGAAAAUCUAUUUAAAUGAAUUAAGAGACUAAGAUAGGAGCAGGUGGCCAGACUUUGCUUCUCAAAUUUUCCACCAGCAGAACCCUAAAGCAGAGGAGUGUGAAGAAGGGGGAAUGGGCCCUGGAAAAACCCGAAGAAGCUACCACAGGAUGAGGUUCUUGUUCUGGCCUUGACUUAGAGUACAAGUGAAUUUUGAAUUUUUUAUAAUAAAACUGUUUAGUAUAAAAAUUAUCUUCUGUCUUCAGUGAAACUUGUCUACCAUAAAGGAGCAGAGGGACCUGGGCAUAUAGCUCAGCGGUGGAGGAUUGCCUGGCAGGCCUAAGGCCCUGGGUACGAUCCCCAGCAGCAGAAAAAGAAAGCAUGCGAAAGGAGCAUGUGUUUAUCACCGGGCCCCUCAGCUCCUGAACACAUAUGACCACCCCUUCCCACAAUUGCAGCAUUCCCCUGGAGUGACUUAAAUAUGAUAAUACACAUUCUAGGAUAGUCUCUGCCCUUUCUAACCUACUUCUGAAGUAUCGAUGCCAAAUUAAAUGGACCCGAAACAGUUAUUUUACACUUGAACCUUAUAAUAGUGUCUGAGGUAUAAGCCAGUUCUCUCUAAUUCUUUGGCAUUCCUAGCCCUCGUGUCAGCUAUUUUUCAUAGCUACACCACCUUAUUCAAUACCUUCUGUUAUGUAAUGCUUAAUUGGUGGUAACAGCAAUUAAGGGAAUUUAUCUUAAUAAAAAAUAGUUUAAAAGAAAUCAGUAAUUUUUAAGUUAGAUUUUUAAAAAUACUGAAAUUUAUAGUAAGUGAUGUUUACUAAGAUGCACACCCUUAAUUGGGGCGUGCAGAGCAUCUUUCUACAUGAAAAAUCAUAUAUAAGCAAAGUAUUUUGCUUACAAAGCAAGGUGUUGGCCAGGAAGGUUAAGCAUGUGUCUAUGUGAACUCAAUAUCACUCUCUAAAUGCGCUUUGAACCUAAUAGCCCCAAGUUUCAAGUGAGUCACAACUAAUUUGAUACUAUUUUACAAUUUGAUGUGUUUUGUCCAAUAUUAUCAUUUAUCAUGUGUCUUAACUGGGGUCACUCAGGCCCAAAAAAAGGUCUAUAUCUACAUAUAGUGAAACUUGUAAGCUAGAAUAAACUCUUGGUAUAUAUCAUUGACUAUGACAGAUAAAUAUAUAGUUAAUAAUGGAUUCUUUAUCUUUCUAAGUAUGUAAUAGUAGCUCGGCAGUGUGCUCUUGUUUAAGUUUCUGUCAACAUCCCAUUUGCCCUGUGAAAAUAACAGGGUCUGUUAAAGUACUGCCUGUGAGAAUUUGCACUUUAUGUAUCUAUGGAUUUCUGUGGUUUUAACCAUGAAAUGUUAUCAGUAAUAAACAGGUCUCUUCAUGGC